AUGGUCUACUUCCCCGGUCUUGAAUAUCGUGCCCAUACCAGCUGCAUGACAGAAGAGCAAAAGUACCAAGGUGCCCUUUAUAAACCAAAGAAACAGAAGCACAACAACAACCAAAACAACCAGCAAGUAGCCAUGUCUCAACAACCCUACGUCGAGGAUGUUCCCGAGUUCGCUGGCUAUGAGUACGACGGCCACAGUGAUGACGCCAAAACGCCAGUCGACCUGCCCGAGGCGCCCACCCCGCCGCCUGCUGACGAGGGCCCUGUCAACGUUUUCGAUUUCCUCGAUCCGUCCGCCACCCCGAACGCAUCGACACUCCAGCUAGGCCCUCUUGGCGAGAGGCACAUCAACGAAGAGACGCAGCUCGUCCGUUACGAGGCAGAGGCCAGCGCCUACCUCGACCCCUCUGGCGCCCCGGUUGACGAAGACCCCGAGGCUCCUUACCAGUAUGGCACAGGUCCCAUUCCCGGUGCCUUUGAGACGCCUGCCCCACGCGGUGAUCGCAAAAAGAAGGAUGGCUCCGACACGAAGAAGGACAAGAAGCGCAAGCGCCUACACCUCGACACGGAUCAGAUCAUGGCCGAUGCGCCGCCUGUCCUGCACUCUGGUCUCACCGGCGGCCUCAACCGCAUGAUGCGGCCAGCGUUCCCUCCUUCGCCCGACUACUCUGGCGGCGAUGUCGCCGAGGCACCUGUCAGCCCUCUCAAAAAGAAGAAGCCCUCGAAGCAUUCCAAGCACGGCAAGCGCUCCGAGGGCAGCAUCGGCAGCAACCUCAUGGGGCUGCUCUCGUCCUCCAAGACCAAGACCAAGAAGCGCAAGGUCUCCUCUUCCUCUACGCGCAAGUCCUCCCGCCGCACCGACUCGGACAAGGCCCCCAAGCUUAUCGAGUACCGACCUCGUUCGUCAGGCGACGACAGGGAGGGCGCGAAUGCCGAGGGCCAGAUGGUCGUGUUCCGUCCCAGAGGCGACCUCCUCCUGUCCUAUGUCGACAAGGGCCCCGAAAGCGACCGCGGCUACAGCAUGAAGAAGGCUCUGCGUCACUUCCACCGCGAGCGCGACAACAGCUCUGACAGCCUGGGAAGGACCAUUGAGGAGAAGGAGCUGUGGCGGUCGCUAAGGAUGCGCAAGAACGACCGCGGCGAGAUUGUGCUGUUUGGUUUGUGA